AUGAUGAAUAAACUCCCGCCAGACCCGUGGAGGAUUCUCGGCCUCGAGAAGACGGCAGACAAGACAGAGAUUCGCUCCACAUACAAGAAGCUGGUUCUCAAAUGCCAUCCCGACAAGGUCCAGGAUCCGACAUUGAAGGCCCAGAAGCAAGACGAGUUUCAGAAGGUGCAGCAAGCCUAUGAGCUCCUCAUCGACGAUGCCGAAAGGAUAAAGUACGAAGAGCAGGUCAAGCUCGCCGAGCUCCGCAAACAGGCCGCCAUGAUGUCUAAGAACAUGGCCAAUUCUCCCGCUGCCCGGACACCCACGAAACAGCAUUUCACCUACGAGAUUAGAACGGCCGAGCCAAGGUUCAAGUCUUCGUCGCCCCACGACAUCCCACCAGCCAGCGCAAAAGUGUACCCCCAGUACCAUUCCGCUCGCUCGUGGGAUGAUGACAUGAGCCCUCGAACUCAGGCAAUCUACGAGGAAGAACGUCGUGCUCGCCGUGCGGCAAGCUACGAAGAACCCUCGAGGCGGGAUGAUGAAAGACGGGAAGAACGGAGGCGAAAGGAGAGGGAUGAGGACAGAGACAGAGACCGAGAGCGUCGUGAGAAGGAAGCCCGUGAUCUCCGCAGGGCGGAGAAGAAACGGCAAGAGAAGGACCGAGACAAGGAGCGGAAGCGGGAUCAGGAAGAUAAGCGCCGUCAGAAGUCUCCGUAUGUCGAACCCUACGAGGAGGAUGAGGUGUUUGCCUUCAAGGUGGAGAAGAAGAAGUCGUCGAGCAGCAAGAAGCACGACGAGCCGAGGGAAAAGUCGUCUUCUCGUCGAGACCGAGAGCGCGAAAGAGAACGCGAAAGAGUACGUGAAAGAGAGCGGGACGAAAGAGAGCUGCGCGAAAAGGAGCGACAAGCUUCGCCUCACGCGCCGAGGAAGCUGAAAACCGAGACGUACCUCGAAGCAGCGGCCAGCUACAUUGAAAGGUCGAGGUCAAAGCCAUCGCUGCCUAGGGCCCAAACCUUCGCAGAGCCGGCGACGUAUUUCAACCCACCAAUCUCUGUGCCGACUCCACCACCGCCGCCGGUCGAGUUUAUUGACGACGAUGUUCGGCGGUCCUCCGCAAGGGCAUCUGGCCGUCGCGCCUCGAAUGACGUGCCCAUGCCCAUCCGCUCCAAGGAGAAGGUCUACGCCUCGCGGAAGAAAUCUUCCAGGGAGGGCAUCGACAUCAUAGACUCAGGUUCGCCGAGGGCGCGGGCAAUCCCGUCGCUCCAGAAAUCGCAUUCCACGCCUCCGGUGGUCCCGGAGUCCCCGCCUCGCCCGAACCGGGUGAACACUCUUCCGAAAGAGAUGUAUGCCCGGCCAUCGCCAGGGCCUCCGAGCUUUGGCAGGACGAACACGUGGGCGGCGGGUGAAGAUGGCGACAGAACCCGACGUCCCGUGGCGUACUAUGACCGCGACUCUGAUGACGAGCCACUCACUCGCCGGAGCAGGCGGACUCAGUCCCCAGAGCCCGUGGAACCGGUUUCGUACCGAUAUCGGGUUGAGGGUCACAAGACGACGAAGAUGGAUCCCGCGUAUGAGUAUGACGAGCAGCCCCCCGCAAGAAGAUAUAGCGAGUAUAGCUCGAAGGUUGUCGAACCAAAGCGGGAAUCGUCUUCUUCGUCUCGGGACUACUACCCCUCGCACUCGCAAUACUUCCCCAAGGUGAAGCAGACCAAGACAUACACCGAGGCGGACGUUGCGUUCAGCAACUUCCAGUACGCGCCGGCGGUGCAUCCCCCAGACCCCGUCUGGGCCACCUCCUGA